CUCUUUCCCUCAAAUUUGUUUCACUCGACAAUUCAGAAAACCAUUUUCCCUCGGCAAAACUUGAGAGAGAAGCUGCGUUUCUUCCCUCCGAAAAAGCAAUUCAGAAAACCAUUUUCCCUCCCUAAAAUCCAAUUUCCCUCGGCAAAACUUGAGAGAGAAGCUGCGUUUCUUCCUUCCCAAAAAGCUGCGUUUCCUUCCUCCCAAAACACCUCCCUUCCAAAACAAAAUCUAGACAGAGAAAUCCCCUGUUUUCACUGUCUUCGAGUCGAUAAAUUUACUCUCUCUCUAAAAAUUUGUGAGACAGUGAAAAAAAGGCGCAGAAAACUGUGCUUUAAUGGAUCUUGACGAAAGGCCUUCUGCUAAAAGAUGGCUUCCCCUUGAAGCAAACCCUGAUAUCAUGAAUCAGUUUCUAUGGGGGCUUGGUCUUCCAGAGGAAGAGGCAGAGUUUUAUGAUGUAUAUGGUUUAGAUGAAGAACUCUUGGAAAUGGUGCCCAAGCCUGUCCUGGCAGUGCUUUUCCUAUACCCCAUCACAGCUGAGAGUGAAGCUGAGAGAAAAUUGGAGGAAGAACAAGAAGUUCUGGAGAAAGGGAAGGAGGGAAAUGAUGAAGUAUAUUUUAUGAGACAAACAGUGGGCAAUGCAUGUGGAACUGUUGGGCUUCUUCAUGCUAUGGGGAAUGUACAUUCUGAAAUUAAGCUCAUCGAGGGGUCUUACUUGGACAAGUUCUUUAAAGCAACGGCAAACAUGGAUCCAUUGGAGCGUGCAAAUUUUCUUGAGAAGGACACGGAAAUGGAAGCUGCACACAGUGUAGCAGCUACUGCUGGGGACACAGAGGCCCCAGAUGUGAACACCAAUGUUGACACUCAUUUCAUAUGCUUCACGUGCGUGAAUGGAGGACUUUAUGAGCUUGAUGGGAGGAAGUCUCAGACUGUGUUGCAUGGUCCAUCAUCACCCAACACUUUGCUCGAGGACGCCGCAAAGGUUAUAAAAGAAUUCAUUGAGAAGAAUCCUGGCUCUUUGAAUUUCAAUGUCAUUGCUCUCUCAAAGAAAACAUAGGGAGCAUCUCUCUCAACAAUUUCACAUUGAGGCUUCUCUGCAACAAUGGCUACUACUACUGCUACUAGAAGUAAGUUUUUAGUAUUGUUCUGCUAAUAAAACAUGUACUCAGGACCACAUGUUUUUGAUGUGAAGCUUGCUUUUGGUUGCUCUC